GAGGGAAAAUCUACUCUGAUCACACCCCUCCCUCGUGCCCCCUCCCUUCUCCCUUCCCCUCCUUCCUUUCCUCCCUCCCUCCUCUCCCUCCCUCUCUUCCUCCCUUCCUAGAGAGGGAACAACAUUCAUGUGACGGGCCCCUCUGCUUCUCCCCCGCCCCAUCAUCUCCAGCGCGUGGUGGGGGAACUGCCGGGGAAAGCGAUUGGCAUCGAUCUCUACAUCCCUUCCGAGGCCCGACUUCGGAAUUGUCUGUCUUAGAAGAAAGAAGCAAACCAUCAUUUUACCCACGUAAAUAUAUGAGUAUAUUUCUGACAUUGGGGCGUUCCAGAAGAUGAUAAAGAAAUGAUAGCAGCUCCAGAAAUACCAACUGAUUUUAAUCUUCUUCAGGAGUCAGAGACACAUUUUUCUUCUGACACAGAUUUUGAAGACAUUGAAGGAAAAAACCAAAAGCAAGGCAAAGGAAAAACUUGUAAAAAAGGCAAAAAAGGCCCAGGAGAAAAGGGCAAAGGUGGAAAUGGAGGAGGAAAACCUCCUUCUGGUCCAAACCGAAUGAAUGGUCAUCACCAACAGAAUGGAGUGGAAAACAUGAUGUUGUUUGAAGUUGUUAAAAUGGGCAAGAGUGCUAUGCAGUCCGUGGUAGACGAUUGGAUAGAGUCAUACAAGCAUGACCGAGAUAUAGCACUUCUUGACCUCAUCAACUUUUUUAUUCAGUGUUCAGGCUGUAAAGGUGUUGUCACAGCAGAAAUGUUUAGACAUAUGCAGAACUCUGAAAUAAUUCGAAAAAUGACUGAAGAGUUUGAUGAGGAUAGUGGAGAUUAUCCACUUACCAUGGCUGGUCCUCAGUGGAAGAAGUUCAAAUCCAGUUUUUGUGAAUUCAUUGGUGUAUUAGUACGGCAGUGUCAAUAUAGUAUCAUAUAUGAUGAGUACAUGAUGGAUACGGUCAUUUCACUUCUUACAGGAUUGUCUGACUCACAAGUCAGAGCAUUUCGACAUACAAGCACCCUGGCAGCUAUGAAGUUGAUGACAGCUUUGGUAAAUGUGGCACUAAAUCUAAGCAUUAACAUGGAUAAUACACAAAGACAAUAUGAGGCAGAAAGGAAUAAAAUGAUUGGAAAACGAGCCAACGAGAGGCUAGAACUUUUGCUGCAGAAGCGGAAAGAGCUUCAAGAAAAUCAAGAUGAAAUAGAAAAUAUGAUGAAUGCAAUAUUUAAGGGAGUGUUUGUACAUAGAUACCGCGAUGCAAUAGCUGAAAUCCGAGCUAUUUGUAUUGAAGAAAUUGGCAUUUGGAUGAAAAUGUAUAGUGAUGCCUUUCUUAAUGACAGUUAUUUAAAAUAUGUUGGUUGGACUAUGCAUGAUAAGCAAGGUGAGGUAAGACUCAAAUGUCUCACUGCUCUACAAGGGCUUUAUUAUAACAAAGAACUUAACUCCAAACUGGAGCUAUUUACCAGUCGGUUCAAGGAUAGAAUUGUGUCUAUGACCCUUGACAAAGAAUAUGAUGUUGCAGUACAAGCAAUAAAAUUACUCACUCUUGUUUUACAGAGUAGUGAAGAAGUUCUCACUGCAGAAGAUUGUGAAAAUGUCUAUCAUCUUGUUUAUUCAGCUCAUCGGCCAGUAGCAGUAGCAGCUGGAGAAUUUCUCUACAAAAAGCUCUUCAGUCGUCGUGAUCCAGAGGAGGAUGGAAUGAUGAAAAGAAGGGGACGACAAGGUCCAAAUGCCAACCUUGUUAAGACAUUGGUUUUUUUCUUUCUGGAAAGUGAGUUACAUGAGCACGCAGCAUACCUUGUGGAUAGCAUGUGGGACUGUGCUACUGAGCUGCUAAAAGACUGGGAAUGUAUGAAUAGCUUGUUGCUGGAAGAGCCACUUAGUGGAGAGGAAGCACUAACGGACAGACAAGAGAGUGCUCUGAUUGAAAUAAUGCUUUGUACCAUUAGACAAGCAGCUGAAUGUCAUCCUCCUGUGGGGAGAGGGACAGGAAAAAGGGUGCUUACGGCAAAGGAGAAGAAGACCCAGUUGGAUGACAGGACAAAAAUCACUGAACUUUUUGCUGUGGCCCUUCCUCAGUUAUUAGCUAAAUACUCUGUAGAUGCUGAAAAAGUGACUAACUUGUUGCAGUUGCCACAGUACUUUGAUUUGGAAAUAUAUACUACUGGUCGAUUAGAAAAGCAUUUGGAUGCCUUAUUACGACAGAUCCGGAAUAUUGUGGAGAAGCACACAGAUACAGAUGUUUUGGAAGCAUGUUCUAAAACUUACCAUGCACUCUGUAAUGAAGAGUUCACAAUUUUUAACAGAGUAGAUAUUUCAAGAAGUCAACUGAUAGAUGAAUUGGCAGAUAAAUUUAACCGGCUUCUUGAAGAUUUUCUGCAAGAGGGCGAAGAACCUGAUGAAGAUGAUGCAUAUCAGGUAUUGUCAACAUUGAAGAGAAUCACUGCUUUUCAUAAUGCCCAUGAUCUUUCAAAGUGGGAUUUGUUUGCUUGUAAUUACAAACUAUUGAAAACCGGAAUUGAAAAUGGAGACAUGCCUGAGCAGAUUGUUAUUCACGCACUGCAGUGUACUCACUAUGUAAUCCUUUGGCAGCUUGCAAAGAUAACUGAAAGCAGCUCUACAAAGGAGGACUUGCUGCGUUUAAAGAAACAGAUGAGGGUAUUCUGUCAGAUAUGUCAGCAUUACCUGACCAACGUGAAUACUACUGUUAAGGAACAGGCCUUCACUAUACUAUGUGAUAUUUUGAUGAUCUUCAGCCAUCAAAUUAUGUCAGGAGGACGUGACAUGUUAGAGCCAUUAGUUUACACCCCUGAUUCUUCAUUGCAGUCUGAGUUGCUCAGCUUUAUUCUGGAUCAUGUCUUCAUUGAACAGGAUGAUGAUAAUAAUAGUGCAGAUGGUCAGCAGGAGGAUGAAGCCAGUAAAAUUGAAGCUCUGCACAAAAGGAGAAAUUUACUUGCAGCAUUUUGUAAGUUAAUUGUAUAUACUGUGGUGGAGAUGAAUACAGCUGCAGAUAUCUUCAAGCAGUAUAUGAAGUAUUAUAAUGACUAUGGAGAUAUCAUCAAAGAAACAAUGAGUAAAACAAGGCAGAUAGACAAAAUUCAGUGUGCAAAGACCCUUAUUCUCAGUUUGCAACAGCUUUUUAAUGAAAUGAUACAGGAAAAUGGCUAUAAUUUUGAUAGAUCAUCCUCAACUUUCAGCGGCAUAAAAGAACUUGCUCGACGUUUUGCUUUAACUUUUGGACUUGAUCAGUUAAAAACAAGAGAGGCCAUUGCUAUGCUACACAAAGAUGGCAUAGAAUUUGCUUUUAAAGAGCCUAAUCCACAAGGAGAGAGCCAUCCACCUUUGAAUUUGGCAUUUCUUGAUAUUCUCAGUGAAUUUUCUUCUAAACUACUCCGACAAGACAAAAGAACAGUGUAUGUUUACUUGGAAAAGUUCAUGACCUUUCAGAUGUCACUCCGAAGAGAAGAUGUAUGGCUUCCACUGAUGUCAUACCGAAAUUCUUUACUAGCUGGUGGUGAUGAUGACACCAUGUCAGUCAUUAGUGGAAUCAGCAGUAGGGGGUCAACUGUGCGAAGUAAAAAAUCAAAACCAUCUACAGGAAAACGGAAAGUGGUUGAAGGCAUGCAGCUUGCACUCACUGAAGAAAGCAGUAGUAGUGACAGUAUGUGGCUAAGCAGAGAACAAACACUGCACACCCCAGUUAUGAUGCAGACUCCACAACUCACCUCAACGAUUAUGAGAGAGCCCAAAAGAUUACGACCUGAGGAUAGUUUCAUGAGUGUCUAUCCAAUGCAGACUGAACAUCAUCAAACUCCUCUUGAUUAUAACACGCAGGUAACAUGGAUGUUAGCUCAAAGACAACAAGAGGAAGCAAGGCAACAGCAGGAGAGAGCAGCAAUGAGCUAUGUUAAACUGCGAACUAAUCUUCAGCAUGCCAUUCGGCGUGGCACAAGCCUAAUGGAAGAUGAUGAAGAGCCAAUAGUUGAAGAUGUUAUGAUGUCCUCAGAAGGGAGGAUUGAAGAUCUUAAUGAGGGGAUGGAUUUCGACACCAUGGAUAUAGACUUGCCUCCGUCAAAGAACAGACGAGAGAGAACAGAACUGAAGCCUGAUUUCUUUGAUCCAGCUUCAAUUAUGGAUGAAUCAGUUCUUGGGGUGUCAAUGUUUUAAUACCAGUACACAAUUAAAUCUGUGGUGAAGUCAUUUUCUAAGUGGAAGAGGAAAUUUUAAAAUAAAGUGUGGUAGAUACAGUGAAAUUCUGUACAGAUUUUUCUCUAAGGAGAAUAUGAUGUGCUUAUGCUUACCAAGAUCAAGUGCAUUGAGGGGCAGUUUUGUUUGCCUGAAAAAAGUAAAGGACAAGUAAACAAUUUGAUGAUAAGCUACAGUUUUUCUUAGAAAGUAAAUAUUUUAUUUAUGCGCUGUUAGUUGGCUUUUGAAUCAAUUAUUUCAUGCUUUUUUUAAAAAAAGAAAAUAUAACAAUCUGAAGAGGCAUUUGGUACAGACAUGAAUCCUUUCACAUUUAUUUACUGGGUGUACUAAGUAAUGCUGACCUCUGCUGGAUUUCUGUUUACAUCCAAGAAUCAAAGUAAAGGAUGAAUUUAUCCCCAUACCCUGAAAUUAUAAGAUAGAAUUGUUUUUAGCAUUCUAAAUUUAAAUGCUUAAAAUAGCAAUCAACAAAGGUUUCUUUUAAAUAUUGUAAUUGUGGAGAAAAGUAAACUUAUAAGCAGAACUUUUACAAUUUUUUCAUCUAAAAUGUAUUUUAAGAUAUUUUUAAAAUCCAAGAGCUUCUCUAUACUUUUCAGAAAUACCCAGAUGCAGUGAACUGCCAGAAGGUAACCAGUGUCCAACAUGCUUAUCCCAUUAUCAACCCUGAAAGUUUGCUUGUCCUUUAAGAUAAAAAAUGUAAUGUUGUGAUAUUCCUUCCAGUAGUGCCACUGUAUUUUGUCUCCAAAUAAAAGAAGCUUAUUGUAGUAUGUUUGCAGAAAAAUUCUAAACAAAAAUUAUACAGCUUAUUAGAGUGUGGGAAUAGGGAUCUAAAUUUUAAAUAAAACUAUAUAUAUAUAUAAAUUGGUGCUGAUUUUAUAAUUGCGCAGUUUGUUUAGUUUUUUCUUACUUUUAAAUUCCAACUUAAAAUUAUGAGGUUUCAGAAAUAUAUUGAAAGUUUAACAAUGUUUAAAAAUAGAAAAGCAUGAAUGUUCAUGCUUUAAAAUGAUUUUUAAAUUUGUAUUUUAUAUUGUUUUAUCUAUCUGUCUUUGCAAGCAGUCUUCAGGUUAAAGAUACUUCUAACAGGUUACAGUACAUUUCCUCUGUAUGUAAAUUAGAUGGGAUAAUAGAAUUCAUAACCCAUAAUAUUCUUUGAAAGCUAAGCUUUAAACUUCAUUUUAUGUCCUUUCACAAAUAAAUUAGUUUAAAACAGAAAGUGGCUACUUGCCAUUUUGACAUCAACUCAUUUUGCGAGGCUUAGGCAGCUAGACAUCUUUUAAAACAAAAUAUUAACUUAUAUUACAUGUGUAUCUAUCUUUUGUCAGUCGUCUCUCAGUUCUUGAGGUAUAUUAUUUUAAUCAUUCCAUGCCUUAAUAUGCUUGCAAUACAGGAAUAUCUUCAGAUGGGUGAAUACCAAAAGGCUUUCAGUUCUUAGAAUCAGAAAUCAACAAGCAUUGGGCUGUGGUAGCCAAAAACCAUAGGUUAGCUAAAAGGUCAUGAUAAAAUACAAUUAUUUUAUUAAAUCAUGGUUAAUAACAAAAUCAAACUUGUCUAACAGAUUUUUCCAUCAACAAAAAUUGUUAUGUGCAAAAGUAUUGCCUAUGUUGUUUUUCACACCACUGCAUUUACUAGAACUGCUGAGAGGACUGUAUAUAUGAUUUUUAAACCUAAGUUGAUUUUUUUUUCUCACUCUCGAAAGGAGUACUUCUUUGUGAAAGCAGUUCUUACAGCUUUGUUUUCAACCAGCUAAAAAUGUUUUAUAUAUUACUCUAACCUGUUGUCCUCCACAUUCUAUUGUCCUAAUUGUACUGUUUUCUGAUUUGUAUUUAUGUCUUGAGACAGUAACUUUUUGAAUAAAAAUAAACCUACAGUA